AUGGGACGUGGGCAGCUGGACCCCAACCCCCAUUCACUGCCUUCCCCAAGAAGGUUCCAGAAGCUGGUGUCAGUUGGCCGGGCAGCUGACCAUUGGCAACUGGCAACCGUGGGAUGUGGAGAGAAUCGUGAGGGCCGAGCCCCCAAGGUGGAUCAUGGGGGCUCCCUGGCCCCCCAGUCUGAAGUAGAGAGUAGACCUGAGAGGGAUUGUGGUGAACGUGGGCCUUCAUGGGCACUGAGCCAGUUGGAGCUGGAGAACGACCAGAAUAGAUCUACUGAGGAGCUGGGGGAAAUCCUUGUAAAUGAAGCCACCUUGAGAGGACUUGGCCAAACAGAACUGGAUGAAGAAGAAGGGGCUGCCAAGAGAGCCUUAAAGAAGUUUAUAACCUGCCACAGGGGCACUUUGAGGCAGUCGGUUCCAUCCAGGGACCUUCGGGCCUUCAGAACUCGGCCAUUGAAGCACACAGAAUACCUCCAUCACAGCAUUGUGGACACCAUGCACUAUCAGGAAAGCCUGCCCAGGCUGCCUAUUCCUGAUCUGGUAGAUUCAGUGAGAAGAUACCUAAGUGCCCAAAAGCCUAUUUUAGAUGAUGAUCAAUUCAGGAAAACAGAACUUUUGAGUCAUUCUUUUAAAUAUGGUAUUGGAAGAGACCUGCAUGAAGAGUUGGUAGCUCUGGACGAGCUCCAUCAGGAUACCAGCUACAUUUCAGUAAUGUGGAUUGAUGCAUUUUUAGCUCUUCGAGAUUCUAUAGCUUUCCACAGCAAUGCAGCUCUUGCCUUCCAAGCAGAUCCAAGCCCUGAACAGAAUGACCAACUCACCCGGGCAACCAACCUAACCGUAUCAUCAAUUCGGUUCCUGAAGACCUUCAGGGCUGGAUACCUUGAGCCAGAGGUCAUGCACCUGUACCCAGAGAAGACCGACAAUGAACAAUUUAAGAAACUCAUUCAGUUCAUAUCUCCAGAUAUCGUGUGUACUGCGGCCUCUAUGGUCAGUGCCUAUCCUCUGGAUAUGUCUCAGUUCUACAGGCUUUUCAAUACAACCCGCAUUCCCCUAAACAAGAAGGAUGACUUGGUCACCGACGAAAGUGGGAUGCACAUUUUGGUGCUACGAAAUGGGAAUUUUUAUGUCUUUAAUGUUCUAGAUGGUGAUGGAAAUAUUGUGAAGGCCGCAGAAAUCCAUGCCCACCUGAAGUACAUUCUUUCAGAUGAAAGUCCUACCCCUGAAUUCCCCUUGGCAUACCUGACCAGUGAAAAUAGGAACACCUGGGCCAAGCUGCGGAAAGAGCUGUUGAAUAAUGGCAAUGAGGAGGCCAUGGGCCUGGUGGAAACAGCCAUCUUCUGCCUGUGUCUAGAUGACUUUUCUGUUACAGAUAUUGACCAAUUGGUUCAGACCCUCCACCAUGGGGAGGGGAUGAACCGCUGGUUUGACAAGUCUUUCAACCUGAUCAUCACCAAGGAUGGGUCUGCGGGCAUCAACCUUGAGACCUCUUGGGGGGACGGUGUGGCCGUGAUCCGUUUCAUGAGUGAGAUCUUUAAAGACAGCACCCAGGAGCCCAUGGUCACACCCCACUCUCACCUUGCCAAUGUGGACUCCGCUUACUUGGUGAGGAAGCUAAACUUCCACCUGAAUGACACCUUAAAGGAGGGAAUUUCUGAAGCCAAGGAACACUUUGAAGCUAUGAGGAAAUCCUUGACUUUUCAGUGUUUCCGCUUUGAGAAAGGAGGGAAGGCCUUCCUCAAGAGGCAGAAGGUGAGCCCUGACGCCAUGAUCCAGCUCUCUUUUCAGAUGGCUUUCCUUUCCUUGUAUGGGCAGACGGUACCAACGUAUGAGGCCUGCAGCACGGGGACCUUCAAGCACGGCCGCACGGAGAUCAUUCGGCCUGCCUCCACGUACACCAAGAGAUGCUCUGAGGCUUUCGUCAGGGAGGCUUUCCGAUACAAAGUGAGGGACCUUCGUAAUAUGUUGUCUGACUGCUCGGAAUACCACGUACGACUGAUCCGAGAAGCAGCCAUGGGUCAGGGAUUCGACAGGCACUUGUUUGCCCUGAGGUUCCUGGCAGCAGCGAAGAGAGGCCCCAUGAUACCCGACUUCUUCCAGGAUCCUGCAUAUUCGUAUCUCAAUGAAAAUAUCCUUUUGACCAACACACUGAGCAGCCCCUUGGUGGCCAACAUCGCUUUUGCACCGGUGGUGUCUGAUGGCAUUGCAGUUGGGUAUUCAGUUCACAAGGAUUACCUGAAGUUCACGGUCUCCUCCCACUGUGGCCGAAAUGUGGGCGAGUUCAAUCAGGGAGUGACAAAAUGCUUGGAUAAUAUUUUCAGUGUUCUAGAAGGCAGGCCCAUUCAUAGCUAAGGAAGGCCCAUAAAACAAGUAGCUGAGGAGGUCAGAAGAUUCAACAGCUAGGCCUAGAACCAGCAUUAAUUAA